CUCAAGUACGGCGUCACCAAUCCCAAGCCUCGUGCCCGGAGGCAGGUUCUCUCUGCUGAUAUCCAUCUCCACAUAGAGUUGGUCGCCAGCCAGAUGCCAUCGAUCUUUAUCCUGCGCCACCAGGUCGGUCACGCGCGAGUUCAUAAUCGUAAUCUGGCAUUCCGGGUCAGCCGAGCCGUCCGCUGUCUGUCCGCUGCCGCGCGCGCGCCAGUUGUCGCCAACAAGCCCUUCUGCGGUGUCGAGUUGUCCCUCGUCCAGUAUUUCGCGCUCGAGCGUCUCAGGCCGCCGCACAAUAAGAUGCACUACCCCCGCGUCCUUCGGAGCAUCGCGUAUGUCGUCCAGCCCCGCUUCAAGCUGCUCCAUCGUUAGAUAUUGAAUGGCUACCAUGGCAAAUCUCCUUUUACCCGCCAGUCUCUGGAACUGAUAAGUGUCUGCAAAUCUUUCUAGCCAGUUGGUUGGGGAACUUCGCUGUGACGAAGCAGCGCUCUUCGCCUCAUUCAACGGCAACCGUCUCGCGUAUCGCGUCUGGAGGAACACCACGUAGGCCAUCCUCUCGCCUGUCGUCUAGAAUCAACGCAAUUGCACUGGCAAGAUUGUCUUUGACUUCGGCGAUUGUCUUCCCUUGACCAUUAGCGCCCGGGAUCUCUGGGCAGUAUGCGAUGUACCAAUCGCCAUCGCGUUCAAUCACAACUGUAAAUUCGUUUCCGCAUAUUGCGAAUUCUCCCAGUAAUGCUUGAGGAAUUGUACAUCACAAUCGGGUU